AUGGCAACCUUGGUGCCACCCCCUAGCAAGCGCCAGCGGCUGGAGGAUUCAGAAAAGUCGAAACAACAGCAAGAAAUCCAGACAAUUCCUGACAACCUUGGGAAUAUCCGAGUGCAGUUCUUCGACCAGGGCACUGGAAAAGCUUCGGGCCCGGCUGUCGCUGUUCCUGUCGCUGAUGCAACUGUUAGAAAUCUUGAAAUUUUACUCAACACGUUACAAGGAAAUGAGGACCAUGAAAGGGUGCCAUAUCGUUUUUCAUACAAGCCCGACGGCGAGAAGGAAGAUGCUAUAGAUAUAUUGUCGGGUAUUUAUCAGUCCCUUCUGAAACCCGGCCUAAAGACCCCCGAAGAUAUCAUCCACCUACAGUACACCCCGCAGGCCGUUUUCCGGGUUAAAGCCGUGUCUCGAUGCUCUGCCUCAAUAUCAGGACAUGGUGAAGCGAUAUUAGCCACAGCAUUUUCUCCCGCGUCCUCGUCGCGCAUGGCUACGGGGAGCGGUGAUUCCACCGCUCGAAUUUGGGACUGCGAUACAGGAACGCCUAUCCACACUUUAAAAGGCCACUCAAGCUGGGUCCUUGCGGUUAGCUGGUCUCCCAAUGAUAAAAUUCUCGCAACUGGGAGUAUGGAUAACACCGUUCGAUUAUGGGAUCCAAAAACGGGCCAGGCCCUUGGUGCCCCUUUGAAAGGUCAUACGAAAUGGAUCAUGAGUUUAGCAUGGGAACCUUACCACUUACAGGACCCUGGAAGACCGAGAUUAGCUUCUGCAUCCAAGGAUUCAACUGUGCGGAUAUGGGACGUUGUGUCGAAACGCAUUGAAAACGUACUAACUGGACACAAAGGCUCUAUCUCAUGUGUUAGAUGGGGUGGGACGGCGCGCAUAUACACCUCUUCACAUGACAAGACUAUCAAGAUAUGGAACCCAAAAGAUGGCAGUUUAAUACAAACCCUAUCAUCACACACCCACCGGGUGAACCACCUGGCUUUAUCUACCGACUUUUUCCUCCGCACGUCCUUUUAUGAGCAUAAUACUCCAGUUCCAGAUUCUGAUACCGAUAGGAUUGCAUUAGCAAAACGCCGGUUUGAGAAAGCGGCGACGAUAAAUGGCAAGCUUACUGAGCGACUGGUAUCAGCAAGUGAUGAUUUCACAAUGUUCUUGUGGGAUCCUGCUUCUUCAAAUAAGCCGAUUUCCCGAAUGCUAGGCCAUCAGAAAGAGGUCAAUCAUGUAACCUUUUCUCCUGAUGGUGCGUACAUAGCGUCUGCUAGCUUUGACAACCACGUGAAGUUAUGGAACGCCCGAGAUGGAAAGUUCAUGACAUCCCUCCGCGGACAUGUAGGAGCAGUAUACCAAUGUUGCUUUUCAGCUGACUCCCGUCUCCUUGUAUCGUCCUCCAAGGACACGACGCUUAAGGUGUGGGACGUGCGAACAGGCAAAUUAGCGAUGGAUUUACCAGGUCAUCAGGACGAAGUUUACGCCGUUGACUGGAGCCCUGAUGGGGAGAAGGUUGGAAGCGGUGGAAGGGAUAAGGCUGUUAGGAUAUGGCGACACUGA